UACACAGUGAGAGGAGGCGAGAAGUGAAUGAAGGGGGAGUUGACAAAGUCUGAGAUUGUCUCUGACUUGAUCCUGGUUAGGAAUAACAGGAUCAGAGGUUUGCGGUUCCUGAAAUGUCCCGAUAGAUUGGUUCUGGAAAGUUACUGCAAAAUCCAGUGUGUACAUUGGAUCUGGACAGUUUUUCCGCGGCCACGGCAACUUUGCAGAGGCAAGGCUCGCCUGCUAGCAACAAUACCAGCUAAUUCCAGGCAGACCCUUCCCCUUCAAAUGUGGUUUGAUGUUGCAGACCUCCCAGAAAGAACUAUGUUUGCAUUGAUUUCUACCAGCUCGAUUAAGAUUUCUUCUCCCUCCGUACUCCUGAGGAUGAUGUGAAACAGUUAGCAAAAAGAGAUCCUCCUGAGCGUCAACAGAACCCUCAAUCAAGAUGUCUAUCACUAACACACCAACCAGCAAUGAUGCAUGUCUGAGCAUUGUGCACAGCCUCAUGUGCCACAGACAGGGAGGCGAGAGCGAGACGUUUGCCAAACGAGCCAUUGAAAGUCUGGUGAAGAAGCUGAAGGAGAAGAAGGACGAGCUGGAUUCCCUCAUCACAGCCAUCACCACCAAUGGAGCCCACCCGAGCAAGUGUGUGACCAUUCAGAGGACUCUCGAUGGACGUCUGCAGGUGGCAGGACGCAAGGGUUUCCCUCAUGUCAUCUAUGCUCGACUGUGGAGAUGGCCUGAUCUACACAAGAAUGAGCUGAAGCAUGUCAAAUACUGCCAGUUUGCCUUUGAUUUGAAGUGUGACAGCGUGUGUGUCAAUCCUUAUCACUACGAGAGGGUUGUGUCUCCUGGUAUAGAUUUAUCAGGACUCACUCUGACAAGCUCUGGUCCCAGCUCUGCACUGAUUGUGAAGGAUGAGUACGAUUUUGAUGGACAACAAAGUAUACCCUCCGUUGAGGGGGCCCACACCCUACAGACCAUCCAGCACCCUCCAUCCAAUGCCCACCAGACCCCUUCAGAAUCCUUUGCUUCCCCGAGCCUGCUCCCACCUGUUGAGGCCUCCACCUCAGCCUCAGCUUCAUCGUUCCCUCCUAUAGCUGCAGGAUCAAGCAAUGCCAGCUCCAACUGGUCGAGGAACAGUAGCUUCACCCCCAGCAUACCUCACCACACCAACGGCCACUUACAGCACCAUCCACCUAUGCCACAUCCGACACAUUACUGGCCAGUGCACAAUGAGCUCGCCUUUCAGCCUCCUAUAUCCAAUCAUCCAGCUCCUGACUACUGGUGCUCUAUUGCUUAUUUUGAGAUGGACGUUCAGGUCGGGGAGACGUUUAAAGUGCCCUCCUCCUGUCCCAUUGUGACGGUAGACGGCUACGUCGACCCUUCAGGGGGGGACAGGUUCUGUUUGGGUCAACUGAGUAAUGUCCAUCGGACAGAAGCUAUUGAGAGAGCAAGGCUUCACAUCGGUAAAGGUGUCCAGCUGGAGUGUAAGGGCGAGGGGGAUGUGUGGGUGCGAUGCCUCAGCGACCACGCUGUGUUUGUUCAGAGCUAUUAUCUGGACAGGGAGGCGGGCCGAGCCCCAGGAGACGCUGUGCACAAAAUCUACCCCAGCGCUUACAUCAAGGUGUUUGACCUUCGGCAGUGUCACCGACAGAUGCAGCAGCAGGCUGCCACGGCUCAGGCAGCCGCUGCAGCACAAGCAGCAGCUGUUGCUGGUAACAUACCUGGACCUGGAUCCGUCGGAGGCAUAGCUCCAGCCAUCAGUCUGUCUGCAGCUGCUGGAAUCGGUGUCGAUGAUCUCCGGAGGCUGUGUAUCCUCAGGAUGAGUUUUGUUAAAGGCUGGGGUCCCGACUACCCCCGCCAGAGCAUCAAGGAGACCCCUUGUUGGAUUGAAAUCCACCUGCACAGAGCUCUGCAGCUACUAGACGAGGUUCUUCACACUAUGCCUAUAGCAGACCCCCAACCUCUGGACUGAGAUGCUGCCUUCAACCAUGAAAACCUCUGUAGAGAUGAAGCUCCUGUGACCUCAUUUAGGUAGAAAAGAGUUCACAGGUGUGUUCACUUCAGCCCCAUGUUUUCUUUUUGUCAUAAACCAAGGCCACAUUAAAUAGAGUACAUGUUUUAUCAUUUUAGCUAUAACAGGAAUUAGAGUUUAAAAAAGCUUUCCACAUAGCUAGAAUUAUAAAACUCUAGAGAAACUGGAUGUACUCACUAAUAUGGCUAAAAUCAGCCCAAGAGUGUCAGCAUCCACUAAAGAGGUUGUAAAGGAAAAAUGAUUCAUUAUUUUUCCAUUUUUAUUUUUCAUGUUUGUUUUACACCUGGAUUUCCAACCAAACAUAGGGAGUCAAAAAGUAUCGGAUUAAAGUGAAUGAAAAACCAAGUUGUAAUUUUGGGGGUAAUAUUAAAAAAUUGAAAACUGUUUUAAACUUAAAAGUACACAUUGUAAACGUGAAGGAAAUU